GCUCGCUUGCUCACCCUCACUCUCUCUCUUUUUGGCUUGCCAAUCGGCCCUUUCCCGCCCAGCCGCUCUGAUCCGACUACCCUCACCAACGAGCCUCGUCCUGCACCAUGGAGAACUCUGUCCACGGCCCCAGCCCUCAGCAGCCCAAUCCUCCGGAAUACUCGUCGCUCUACGGCGCCCGCCCUCCGCAUUUCAACCCGCUUCCAUCGCCUGUUGCGCCCCCUCCCUCCAUCCAGCCAGAUGCGUCUGGUGCCGGUGAAGAGCCUCUCUACGUCAAUGCCAAGCAAUACCAUCGCAUUCUGAAACGGCGAGAGGCCCGCGCCAAACUCGAGGCUGCCAACAAACCAUUCAAGAAGGAAAAGCAAGGUUAUAUCCACGAGUCUCGACACAAACAUGCCAUGCGAAGAAAGCGCGGGCCCGGCGGCCGUUUCCUGAGCCAAAAGGAGCUUGCCGAGCUCGAUGCCCAGGAACAAGAGCCCUCCGCUGUCGGCACGGGCGCUGUCGAAUCCACCACAUCGUCGUCAACCUCGGCGUCGUCCGCCGAUAUGACAUUUCAGAUGCAUGCCCAGCAAUCGCAAAAGACUCAGCAGCAGCAGCAGCAGCAGCUGCAAUCCCUCCAGAUCCAUUAUGCUCUGCAGCAACAGCAACAGCAGCAGAAAAUGCAAAUGCAGAUCCAGCAGCUGAACUCGGGCGUCCCUGGCAGCUCCAACGUGCAGCAGCCCCUCAAUCCAAACAACUCGCAGUACCCGAACCAGCAACAGAUUAUGAUGCAGUUUCAGAAAGCACGCCCUGUCAUGCAGCAUGGGCAGCCCCAGCCGGACAGCGGUUCGAGCUACCCGCCCAAAGCGUCUCAGCCCUCGUCGCUGCCACAACAGCCGUCGCAGCCGUCGCAGCAGCCACCCGCGCACCUUAUGCAACCCGCCCCUCACUCAUAGUUCUUGAGGCUGCGUCUGGGUUCGGGCCUGGUAUGGCCAAUACUUUUUCUCGUUGCUCGCCCUCCUUUUUUUUCAUUCCCUUUCGCUCCUCCAUCUCCUAAUC